GCCGAGGGCCGCGGGUAGAGAGUAGAGCACGAUCAAUAGGCGGUUUGCUGACGUCAGUGGACGGACGAGCGCCAUUGGCCCGUGCGGCAUUAUUAAAUAAACCUCCGGGCGGAGUGGCGCGCACAGCACCGCAGCACGCGGCGGGCCCGCGCACCGCUCGCGGUUCGCCGCGCCCGCCAUGGCCGACAUGCCGGACCUAUCGCACCUCACGCCGGAGGAACGCGCCAUCAUCGAGGGCGUCAUGAUGCGCCAGCGACAAGAGGAACAGCGCGAGCACGAAAUCAUGAGGCGAAAGCAAGAUGAGGUCGCCGUGCUUGAGCAAACAAUUCGCACGAGAAAUGAAAUGCAACGAGCUGCUGGCGUAGAGCUUGCAGCCACUUGCCACAUCUGUCUCAAGACCAAGUUCGCAGAUGGCGUUGGCCAUUCCUGCCACUAUUGUAGGGUGAGAUGCUGCGCACGCUGCGGCGGCAAAGUGACUUUGCGAUCCAAUAAGGUUAUAUGGGUAUGCAUACUCUGUCGUAAAAAACAAGAACUAUUGUCUAAAACUGGGCAGUGGAUACACAAAAGCACUGGUCAAGAUUCCAUGUUGUGGCGAAUGGAAAAUGAUUUGCGAGGAUUACCACUCCAAGUUGAAGCAUCAUUAGACAAAAGACCAAAGUUAGAACGUGCACACAGUGCAGCGGAGAAAGAAAACCAUCCUCUUCAGAGAUCAGGCAGUGCAUUACGUAGACAGUACAGCCAGCAGGAGCAGCGUUGUUACGGGGAGCUAGAGGGCUUAGCCCGGACUCAUCCUCAUCUAGUGCAUCCUAGGCAGAAAGCUGCGUACGGCGUAGAAGAUUCAAUUACUAUUCCACCGUCACAACUUAUGCCACACACGCAAAAUCACCCUCCUAUGCCCCCUCGCUCAUCGUCAUCGGACGACGAGGUUCCCGAAUGUGUAUCAGAUGAGAACGACGAAUAUCGUGAUCGCGGACAACUUGAGGCGUGCAGUUCUCUUCGGCACCCUCACUUGCGCAGCACCAGCGUGGCUGCCAACAAUUAUUACAAUUUGACUAAUCAUUCGCCGGCCGCUUAUGAUGUGGAGCCGCGCGGUCUUUUAGAAACGUCGAGGACAGUACCAACUGGUGGACGUAGUUUCGACUCAGUAACAGACUGCCGGUGGCGAGCGCGAGACGAUGGAGAAGGAGCUUACCUGCGCCCUUAUGCGCCAGACGAGAGCUCACGUGCUGAAAGAGCUGUAUAUAAGAGUGCAUAUUUAUGGGAGGAUUCCGCAGACAAUAGACGGUUUACAGAGAGAAGAAAAAAGACUGUUCGCUUUGAUGGGCACGAAGGCGCUGCGACUUUCCCAAGGGGUGGUCGAGACGCCUCGGGCGCGCCCCACGAUUGGGCUUCUCUGCGUUGGGAGUCUGAACGCCAGGCCAGCCAAGACUCUGCGACUAAAGACUCGGGCAUCGAUACCUCUAGCACCUUCACAUCAAGUGAAGAUUCAAAUAGAGGCGAUUGUCCCAAGUUCCCGCAGAGUUGGCAAGUGUCGGCAGAUGGCACUCGCAUGGUUGGACACAUGGUGCUUCGCAAGAGCGUGGUAGAAGGUAGUUCUCACUCGUCAGCAGCCAUACUGGGACUGAAAGUAGUCGGCGGAAAGCUACUACUCGACGGAACCCGAGGGGCUGUUGUAGAAAAAGUCAAGAAGGGUUCUAUAGCAGAUUUAGAAGGACAGCUUAGAAUAGGUGAUGAAGUAUUGCAAUGGAAUGGUGUGCCGCUUCAAGGCAGAAGUGCAGAGGAAGUGGCAACUGUAGUGGCAGACAGCAAACAUGAUUCUCAUGUUGAACUUGUUGUAUCGCGACCACUAGCUUCUUCUAGACCUACACCACAGUCUUGGAGAACACACAAAGAGUUCUAUACUGAAGUGAUGGGAGGGUGUGAGAAACCGAGCGUGCUCGUUACAUCUCCAGGAUCACCAGACGUACAUUCACGACGAAGACCCACAAGACACAAUCACCAUAACGCCAACGUUGCGGGUAGAAUUCAACUGAAAGUAUACUUCGACAUUAGCGCUCUGCAAUUGCUAGUGACAGUAGUGUCCGCAAGUGGACUAAGUCCCAGAUCUGAUGGCACGCCGAGGUGUCCGUACGCAAAAAUCUUCCUCCUACCAGACAAGAGUGAAAAAAGCAAAAGACGAACCAAAACACUGGCCAAUACUUUGGAGCCACGCUGGAACCAAACCUUUGUGUACUGCGGUAUUCGGAUAACAGACAUAAAGAAAAGAACUUUAGAGGUAACUGUGUGGGAUCUAAAUCGUUUGGGUCCAAACGAUUUUCUAGGUGAAGUUUUACUUGAUCUCGAUCAUAUCGUUAUGAAUCACGAACCCAAUUGGUACACGCUGAAACCUCACGAGGAAUCUGCUUCCUUUAGUAGAUAUCGUGAGGAGGAAGCCGAUGGAGAACACUUGUCUCCACCUUCGACUUCGACAUCACGACUGUCGGACUCGGACACACCAAGUGAAUGUGAUCUACGUCGCCAUCACUCGCUUUCUAGUUUGGCUUCCAGCUCCAGUCCGCCUCCACCGCAUGAGCGGAUGGACAUGGAUGGAAACCGGAACAGCCGACGCGAGAUGUCGCCAGCUGGUCGAGUACGGGCCGCAGGCAUGUCCAGAGAAAGGAGUGGUGGAUACAGCGUGGCUCGAUCGCAGUCUGCGGCAGGCGCGGCGCGGCCGCAGAGAGCUCGCAGCAAAUCUCCGCGUCGCUCAUUAUCACCGCCCGUCGAUCGCGACCGAGACACAUGGCGUUACACAGGCGAGGACAGAGGCGGAGAUGUGUCAAGGCUGCCGACACAUGCCUACGCUCCGAGGUUUCAGUCGCGGUCCGCCACCGCUACUCCGACCACGAGUCCCAAGAAACGGCAACUUCCACAAAUUCCGCACCAGAGUACUCAGAGAGCGGUGCGGGCACAAGUAUCAGCGGACCUAGAGGAACGUAAGUGGAUCGCCCCGCAUCACAUUGGCGCCACACUAACCUACCGCAGCACGCCACAAGGUUGGGAGCGUCACUACGCGGGACUUUCGGACUCUGAAUUGGCAGCGCGCGGAGGCAGCGGCUGGGCACCACGUCGAAGACUUUCGCCUGAUGCCACAGCCGCUGACUCUGAUCUCGAGUCUGUCGCAUCCGUCACCUCGAGUGCAUUCAGCACGCAAUCAGAGAGACCGCGACCCACUCGCAUGCUCAGCAACGACUACGGCGGCAGAGAGAACGGUCGCAGUAACAACCAGCCGCAACCUUUGGAAAGGCGAGAAUCGCGACGGGGACAAUUCACGAGAAGCCUCAGUAAUGCUGAUGUACCUCCUGACGAGAAAGCAGAUGGCAGCCUCAGCGAUACUGCAUUGGGUGGAACCAAUGAACUGGAGCCGGUCAGUGACGACGUGCUCCUGAAGGCGGAACCUCGUGACUACUUCGGCCCUGGUAUGGGCAAGAAGAGUAAUUCCACGUCGCAGCUGUCGGCCACAGGGCGCAAACGGAGGUUAGGUUUCGGUAAACGUGGCAAAAAUUCGUUUACGGUCCAACGCAGCGAGGAGGUGGUACCGGGGGAAAUGCGCGGGGCCGGCUCCGGUGUGUCGCGCGCCUCCUCCGCCUCCAGCGAGAACGACGACGACAGAUGGUCGCCGGGGAUGCGCGGUUCGGGUUCGUCCGACGGCGGAGGCCUAUCAGACUUCAUCGACGGUCUGGGACCGGGCCAACUCGUCGGGAGACAGUUGCUCGGAGCGCCCACCCUGGGUGAUGUACAACUUUCGAUGUGUUACCAAAAGGGAUUCCUAGAGGUAGAAGUUAUCCGCGCGAGAGGUUUACAAGCACGGCAGGGUAGUCGCACUCUGCCCGCGCCCUACGUAAAAGUUUACCUGGUUAGCGGCAAACGAUGCGUGGCUAAGGCCAAAACCAGUACUGCGCGGAGGACGCUAGACCCAUUGUACCAGCAAACGCUGACCUUCAGAGAAAACUUUAAAGGCUGCGUUCUGCAGGUCACCGUUUGGGGAGACUAUGGCCGUAUAGAAGGCAAAAAAGUGUUCAUGGGCGUAGCACAGAUUAUGCUCGAUGACUUGAAUCUUUCUAAUAUUGUCAUUGGAUGGUACAAGCUUUUUGGAACGACUUCUUUGUAACCCAUACUACCAACAACACUGUCUACAAAGUGUUUAAAGAACUUAUAUCAUCACAAUAAAAAACUUAAAACUUGUCCAACUAAUAAAUUUAGUGAUACUGCUUUAAUAUCAUGAUAAAUCGCGAAAUAUCUUGAAUAUAGGAAGUUUUCUAUAAACGAAAGGUAUAAAUAAAUAAUAAUUUGUAUUUUUUUUUUGGAAUGCCUACCGGAG